AUGAACGGCUACUGGCAAAUGGGGAAGCUGGGCAUGGAGUCUGGAUUCGAUGAGGGGGGCAGUGGGGAGCCACGGCUGCUGGCGGGAGGGGCGGGGAGCUUUCAGAGCAUGCGCGAACGCAGGCCGGCGAGGGGCUUCUCGGAGCAUGCGCGACUGCGCCGGCGCUCCAGCCCCGCCCCGCCGGGGCCGCGCUACCGGAAGUGCAGUCGGACCUGCCUGACCCCGGGCACCCUGGAGCCGCCGGCCUCUGUCGCCGAGGCGGUGUCGUCCCUGACCAUCGCCGACGCGUUCGUCGCGGCCGGCGAGAGCCUAGCCCCGCCGCCCCCGGCGCCCCCUCAGAGGUUCAUCUGCUCCUUCCCCGACUGCAGCGCCAAUUACAACAAGGCCUGGAAACUAGACGCGCACCUGUGCAAGCACACGGGGGAGAGACCGUUUGUUUGUGACCAUGACGGGUGCAACAAGGCCUUCGUCAGGGACUGGCACCUCAGCCGCCACGCCCUGGUUCACACCGGAGAAAAGCCCUUUGUUUGUACAGCUAGUGGCUGUGAUCAGAAGUUCAACACAAAAUCAAACUUGAAGAAACAUUUUGAACGCAAACAUGAAAACCAGCAAAAACAAUAUGUAUGCAGUUUUGAAGGUUGUAAGAAGACCUUUAAGAAGCAUCAGCAGCUGAAAAUCCAUCAGUGCCAGCACACCAACGAACCGCCGUUCAAGUGUACCCGUGAAGGAUGUGGAAAACACUUUGCUUCCCCCAGCAGUCUGAAGCGCCACGGGAAGGUCCACGAGGGCUAUAUGUGUCAAAAAGAAUGUUCUUUUGUGGCAAAAACAUGGACAGAGCUUCUGAAACAUGUGAGAGAAGCCCAUAAAGAGGACAUAACAUGUGACGUGUGCCAGAAGACGUUUAAGCGCAAGGAUUUCCUGAAGCAGCAUAUGAGAAUUCACGCCCCAGAGAGGGACAUGUGUCGGUGCCCCAGGGACGGCUGCGGCCGCACCUACACCACCGUGUUCAACCUCCAGAGCCACAUCCUCUCGUUCCACGAGGAGCGGCGCCCGUUCGUGUGUGGGCACGCCAGCUGCGGCAAGACAUUUGCCAUGAAGCAGAGCCUCAGCAGGCAUGCCGUUGUGCAUGACCCUGACAAGAAAAAAAUGAAGCUCAAAGUGAGACCGUCUCGUGAAAAACGGAGUCUGGCCUCUCGGCUCAGUGGGUACAUGCCUCCUAAAAGGACACAGGACCAGGGUGUGUCUUUGCCCAGAAACAGGGAGACUGAAUUGCCUUCUGAACUGCACUAAAGGCAAGGUGCCCUCCGCCGUGGCGAUGCUGGCCCCAGGUACACACCAGACUGCUUUGUUUGAAGGACCGCAGACCAGUCAGCUCAGUUACUUUCUCUCAGAAGCACGUUUUUAUUAAAAUCACUGGUGCAGAGCAUUGGAUGCUCCGUCGUUUCCAUUUCCUCUCUUCAGAGCGUCUCCUCUCUGGGUCCCCAGAGCUGAUCUGCACUCAUUCUCUUCCUUUUGGCUCAAGGGACGAAGCACACACAUCACAGCCUUUCCCCCUCUGAUGAGCUGUGGCCUGGAUGAGAAGGUAGCUAUUCCAGGC